AUGGUAUUUCGUGGUCGUCCAUCAAAGGCCUGCCAGCGCUGUCGAACUCGACGGUUAAAGUGUGACUACCGUCGGGAUUCGUGCACACCAUGCCUUCGUGCAGCAGUGGUCUGCCAUGGAUAUCGGGACCCACAGGAAAUUCGUAUUGAGGAUCAGACCGAGGACGCCCGGCGCAAAGCUUUACUGAAGUCGAAACCUGCUAGGCUGACAGAGGGUUCGCUAUCAUUCUCCAUCGAGACCCAAGCCCGUAUGAUCUUUUUCGCCCAUUAUGUGUCUGUAGGCUCCCGUGGCUGGGACUUUUUGAUUCGAUGGGAGUGUGAGACGGAGGUGGCGCCUCGUUGGUUAGAUGCGAGCAUUGAUGCCGUGAGCUUAGCUCUUCUGGCGCAUCAACAUGUCUCGCUUCCUUUAUUGUCCUUGGCUCGUCAGCGGUAUGCUUUGGCUUUGGGCGUGAUGAGGCAAACUCUGAGAUCUCCCCCUAAAGCGAGAGACAGCCUCAUCGCGGCAUCUCUACUGCUGGAUUUAUUCGAAAAGAUCACUCACUCCGAAGCGAGCAUCAUUCAAUUCUGGCCGAGCCAUGUCAACGGGACACUCGCUUUGAUCCAGAAGAUGGGAGUACAGCAUUUUGAAGAUCGUUUUGCCCUACGUAUCAUAUCACGAUUCUUAACCAACUACAUCAUCAGCUGCGUGGCCAGCGCGCAUGCUGUCGCCAAAGAUGUUUGCAUACUCCGUGACCAUCUGGAGCGUCGUUUGAACCUGAAAGACGAUCCCAAAUGGAAGAUCUCGUGGCUGACGAUACAGUAUGCUGCUUUCCGCAGUGGGGUUCGCACCGCCAGAUGGUCGCUUCAGGAGAGCAUGGCCCGCGCACAAGAUCUUGACCAGGCCUUAUUGGCGCUCUCGCAGAAUAUACCUCCAGACUGGCAGCCGGAUAGGCGGAUUCUACGGUACCCGUUGCUCCAUGUAUAUCGCCAACAGAUGGACUGCUAUCCCGAUCGCCAUGUCACCCAGGCCUGGAACGUCCUGCGGCAGGUUCGCAUCCAGCUGAACGAAUAUCUCCUGGAGAGCUAUGAAACGCUGAGCGCAAUACAAGGAGUCAACCAGCUCGCUGCAUCUGAAGCUGCGUUGAGUAACAUUGCAGCACUGUCGCUCGAGGUAUAUGCCUCCGUUCCACAAUAUGCAAGUUACGCCUGUCGAUCGAAGCGCAGCAAAGGGCAGGCAGUCGGCACAGACCUCUCGGUUGCCCCCCAGAAGGGCUGCGAUAAAGUGCAUACACCGUCCGAGCUCCUUGACUGCUACACUCUGCUGUUUCCUAUGUACGUUGCCGCGCGAUCCAGGGCGGCCCCGGUCGAUCAGAGACAGUGGGUCUCGUACAUGUUCCAUUAUAUCAGUGAUCACUUUGGCAUUCGUAAUGCCUUGCUACUGGCACAAUUGCUGGAUCAGAAUACCGAUGUUGACCCUUGGUGUAUUUAUGCCAUGUUAGGGGGAUACGGAUUCGCCGCUUGA